AUGGCCCCCUCCGACAGACAAGAUGCGAAAUACUUCACGGAUCUGCAAAACGGGAUUGUCGGCUGGGAGGGUAUGAACGAUCCGAAGAAUCCAAAAAAUUAUGCCAAUCCUCGAAAGUGGUUCUUGCUUUCUCUAGUCAGCCUGGUGGCUUUAGUUAGUCCUUUUGGCUCAUCAGUCUUCGCCCCCGGUGCAUCGACGGCGGCGGAAGAGUUUCAUGAAACUUCUCAUAUACUGACAACAUUAUCGGUCUCCUGUUAUGUCCUUGGAUAUGCUGUUGGACCAAUGUUCCUGUCCUCAUUGAGCGAGCUUUACGGAAGAAGAAUCAUCUUGAACGUGGCAACUUGCGUCUUCGUCCUAUUUCAAAUAGGGUGCGCUCUUGCACCCAAUAUCUCGGCGUUGAUCGUCUUCCGAACUAUCGCGGGUAUGGGCGGCUCUGCAUGCUUGACGAUUGGUGGCGGAGUUGUGUCCGAUUUAUUUGAGCCAGAGCAGCGCGGCCUCGCAAUGUCGGUCUUCUCCUUUGGGCCGCUCUUUGGACCCGUCAUUGGGCCUAUCUGCGGAGGAUUCAUAGUAGAGGGAGCCGGAUGGCGAUGGAUUUUUUGGACGUUGGCGAUCGCUGGAGGCACUUUCACCACGUUUGUCAUGAUUUUCAACCGUGAAACCAAUCCGACUAUUUUAAUCCACCGCAAGACGAAGCGUCUCCAGCGAGAACUGAACCGACCCGACCUGCGAAGCUGUUACGAUGCAGCAAAGUCCACCGACUCCUCCAAAGGCCGUUUCAUAUUGCGUAAACUGUCAAUGCCACUCCGGCUCCUCUUUAGUUCGCCUAUCAUAUCCAUCAUCGCCCUCUAUAUCUCCAUCAUCUAUGGAUGCCUCUAUCUUCUGUUCACAACGAUAACCGGGGUAUUCCAACAAACCUAUCAUUGGAGUAUUGAAAUCAGCUCACUUUCAUACAUUGGCGUGGGACUCGGCUUCGUCAUCGGACAAAUCGUCUUCGCCCUGACGAGCGACAGAAUAGUGGUCCGCUUGAAGAGUAGGAACAACAACGUUUUCGAGCCGGAAAUGCGCCUACCGUACUGCAUUUUCUUUGCUGUCUGUGUCCCCAUCUCGUUCUUUUGGUACGGAUGGUCCGUACAGGCCCGGACACAUUGGAUCGUUCCCAUCAUUGGGCUUUUCCCCUUUGGUUUUGGCACUGUCGGUAUCUUCGGGAAUCUGCAAACCUACCUCGUUGAUUCCUAUCCGAUGUAUGCAGCGUCUGCGAUUGCGGCUCUCACAACGUGUCGGUCUUUGUUCGGCGCUCUAUUACCAUUGGCAGGUCCUUAUAUGUAUGAGGCUCUUGGGUACGGCUGGGGGAACUCUCUGUUGGGUUUCGUAACAUUGGCUGCUAUACCAAUGCCGCUUAUCUUCUAUCGUUUUGGUCGGACCCUCAGAGAGAGGGCCGUAAUCGAGAGAAAGAGCUAA